AGAAAAGGCAUGAUUCCAUAUGGAGCUCCGGAUCGAGCCCAUAUAACUUGAAUAUCCAGCCCACCCGAAUCCUUAACCCUAGGGCCAAAAUAGAAUUGCUGAUUAUACCGAGUAUGAUACACACAUAUAAUGAGCACCGACUGCAAUAGGAAAUCUAGCAGCCAGCCUCAUUCUUCUUGAGAAGGUAGCGCCGAAGUUUGCAUAUUUCGUGCAACCGGCAAUGGCUGACGUAGAACACGAUGUAGCGGCAGGGCAGCCAAAGAAGAGAACAUUCAAGAAGUUCAGCUUCAGAGGUGUAGAUCUUGAUGCCCUCCUUGAUAUGUCUACUGAUGAUCUCGUCAAGCUCUUCAGUGCCCGUGCCCGCAGAAAGCUUGGGAGAGGUUUGAAAAGAAAGCCUUUGGCUUUGAUUAAGAAGCUUCGCAAAGCGAAACUAGAGGCCCCACAAGGGGAGAAGCCGGAUCCAGUGAAAACUCAUUUGAGGAAUAUGAUUAUUGUUCCAGAGAUGAUAGGCAGUGUUAUUGGAGUUUAUAACGGGAAAACCUUUAACCAGAUUGAAGUGAAGCCAGAGAUGAUAGGGCAUUACUUGGCUGAGUUCUCCAUCUCAUACAAGCCUGUCAAGCACGGUAGGCCCGGUAUUGGUGCUACUCACUCAUCAAGGUUCAUCCCACUUAAGUGAUGCAACUCAUCUGCUUUUUUUGUUUUAAUUAUACGUAUUUUUUAUUUCUCUCAACACAUGUAAGAAGAGUGAAACUAGUUUUUACUUUGAGGUUACAGACAGUUGAUUGCUGAAUGAUUGUACUUGGUAUGAUUUUUAUUACGUAGCUCUUGUUAGUUUUAUGUUUUUGGUGUUGGCUACUUGAUCUCAUCUUUAAGUUUAUGAAGACGUGCCUUGGAUUUUCGAAGGCUCUAUGAACUGAACUGCAUAGUGAAUUACUUUGGUUGA